CUUCAUGUUUAGGCUGAUGGCUUUGCCAAAGUCUUAAUAAAUUAAAAAAAUAAUAAUGUGGUAAGUAGCUAAAAGCUUACCGCGAAAAGCCAAGAGAAAUAAGAAAAAAAAAAACGUUAUCGUCAACAAUCAUCAAUCGUCACGCAUAUAUCUUUCUAAUUUGUGCUUUGCCUCGACUUGUUUGAACUUGUUUCUUUUCUUGUUUGUUUGUUGUCUGUCGGGCCGGUAUCGGAAGCUCUGUGUUGCGCUACUUGCGCAUCUCGCUUUGAUUGAUAGGGUUAUUUAUUUCGUGAUUAUUUAUUCGAGUUGUGCGUGCACUUUCACAGCCGAAGGUGCGUUAAAUUGAAGAUAACAUAUACAAAUUGCUACUUUACUAAUCGCGUGUUACGUUAUCCAAUUAAUGUAAGUGCUAAAAUCCAACAGCAAAAAUGUCUAAAGUGGACCAAGGCAUCGUGAUUAUCCUCGACGUAGGUCGGAAUGUUGGAACACCAGAGGAAAAGAAUGAGAAGAGCUUCGUUGCGGAAGCGCGGGAAUGCGCGGCCAAGAUUAUUGAGAGAAAAAUUAUGAGUCAAGGGAAGAAUCUUCUGGGAAUUGUUCUGUUGGGCUCGAAAAAAACGAAGAAUAACAUGGCUGAACAGUGCGCGGGCGCCUUCAAGAGGAUAGAAUUACUUCAUGAACUUCAAUCUCCAAAUUGGCAGAUGAUCAGGAGUUUGCCAGAGAUAGCAACAAAUACUCGUGGUGACUGGAUUGAAGCUAUCAUUGUAGCUGCAGACCAUUUAAAAAAUGGUAUCAGUGGAGUCAAGAUAGCCAGUAAGAAGAUUGUACUGAUGACUAACUUCCUAUGCCCCACGGAGCUUGAUUCAAAUGAUAUAGAACAGGUACUCAAUGGAUUACAAGAGGAUAACUUUGAAAUAGACAUCAUUGGACCAGAUAUAUAUGAUGAAAGCCAUGACAGCAAUGAUAUUGAACUGGCAAAACAGUUUGUAACAAUAACAAAUGGAGCCACAGAACCAUUUCAUCAUAUUAUGCAGUAUUUACUCUUCCACAAAAAAAGGUUAAAAAAUCCUAUGCCUUGGAAUGUUGAUCUGAGUAUUGGACCAAAUAUAAAGGUCCCUGUAUCUGUCUACAUCAGAUUAAGAGAUGAGCCUGUUGUAAAAAAUUGGCUCAAAGCUGUCAAAGAUCGAGUAACCUCCACAGCUAGCACUUCAGAAGGUAUAAUGAGACAUACACAUCAUGUCAAUGAAGAUAAUCAAACUGUUGUUGAGAAAGACAACAUCAUAAAAGGAUAUAACUAUGGACAAACUGUUAUUCCGUUCAGUGAAUGUGACAAAACAAUGCAGUAUGAAUCAGGUUCAAAAUGUUUAUCCGUCUAUGGUUUCACCCACGCUACUAACAUCAACUGGCAAACUUUGUGUGGAGAUGGUUUACAAUACAUAUUUGGUAGGAAAGGAAACAAAAACGCUCAAAAGGCUGUCAGGUGCCUCGUUGAGUGCCUCCAUGAGUUAAAACUAGUUGGUCUUGUCAGGAGAGUGUACAACAAUGGCAAUGCUCCAAAAAUGUUUGCUGUGAUGCCCGUUAUUGACACUAACAAUUUUAUCUGCUUAUCCAUGGCAGAGGUGUGUUUCAAAGAGGAUAUAAAGAACAUAGCAUUCCCUUCUACCAAUCUUAAAAAGUUUGCUUUUACAGAUGAGCAAGUUAAUGCCUUCAAAGACCUCAUUCAUGCUAUGGAUUUGACGAAAGCUUAUGAUGAGACUUUUGAUGAAGCAGAGGCAUUUCCUAUAGCUGAAACUGUUAGUCCUUCAGCACAAUAUGUAUUGGAUUGUAUAGCAUUCCGUGCUAUGAACCCAGGAAAACCAUUACCACAACCCAGAGAUGAGAUUAUGAUGUUGUUCAAGCAACCUCCAUUGAUAGAGAAAAGGUCGCGAGAACCUUUGGAAAAGCUGAAGCGGUUAUUUACACUGAAUGAAGUUGAAGUGAAAACUAGAAACAAGAAAAAUAAUGAUAUACAAUUAGACAAUGUUCCAAUGAAACUGUUGGAUGCCCCAUUAAUAAAUAACGAAAGUCAUAGUAGUGUUGCAGAUGCUCCCAAACUUCAAAUGCCCAAGAAAAUUAAUGAAAUUGUAAGGAUUGGAACAAUUGAUCCUAUUGAGGAUUACAAAGCUCUCUCUAACAAAGAUAAAAAACUAAGUGAUCUAGCUCCAGACAUGACUGAUGCAAUUGAAAGUCUCAUUUAUUACAACAUAGAUGGAAACUACAACAAGGCAUUAGAUGCUAUGAGUUUCUUCAGAAGUGAGUGUGUUAAGGUGGAGCCUUCACAUUACAACAGCUGGUUGCAGAAGUUUAGGGCUGCAUUAGUUGACCGCAAGAAACAAGAAGUGAUUGAUCUCAUCACUGAAAGGCAAUUAAGCUUUAUUUUGAAAGGAGAGAAUCCAUUGAGUACUUACGAAACAGAAGAUGGCCAUGAUGAUAGUCAAGCUUAUGACAAUGAUACAAUACCUAACUCCACAGAUUUGAAUCUUCCAUCCACAAUCAAUGAUAUGUUUGAUGAAAUGUGAAAUUUCAUUUUCCUCCUUUAUCAUGUUUAUUUGGAAGAGCAUUUCAAUAUUAAAUGUUUAUAAGUAUGUUAUAUAUUAUGUUAUUAUAGUAAUAAAGAAAAAAUAAAUGCA